GCUCUGAGCCUCCAUGUCUACAUAAUGGAUAACGCGACCUUCAACUCCUCGCUAUGACGGCCGACCUCCACCUACGCUCCCGCUCCAAGAGCUCCGCGCGUUCAUGGUUUUUCGGAAUACGCGACCAUCUCAGCAUGGCUUGGCCCCAGGUCAUCACCUGCGUCAAGACGAGCUCCUCGCAUCUUUGGCGUGCAUUUCGACCUCUAUCUUGGGGAGGACAUGGGCGUGUAUACGGUUGAUGGGCUGUCGUGGCCGGAUAAGCCAAGGCCUAUGCGCAACUUCUGUCAUCCCCGUGGCGAAGACGACUAUCCCACCCCCCGAGCCCACAUCGUCUUUCGGGGCUUUUAAGAGUCCUCGAGCAUUUCCCAGCAGCCCAUCCCUUUUUCUCGAGGCCGCAAGCUACGAGGUUCAUAUCGCCGUCCGGCUUGAGCAUGACGCCCUCAUAUCUGGAUCGCCAGCUGCACAUCGCACACCCUCCCCGGAAAAGGUACUCGCCGCAAGCAGGCCCUACCGAAGUCCGCUCGCUGCUUCUUCGUGGACGACGCGCUCCGACAUGACCGAUCGCGAUUCCAGAAAAUCGCGCGCGCCGUCUCGCAACGAGUGCAUAUUGAACGUUGAGUUCGGUGCAUCGACAGCCGAGAUGGCCUCCAACAGGAGGGAGCUCUGUGGUGGCCAAUCAAGCCCCCACCACUGCGAUCGUCGUUGCCGGAAUUCAUCUACAACCAACAUGCUCGCCAGUACUGACCCCGACAAUCCUCGCUAGGCUCCUCACGCGAUGCAGUUUACACGCCCCUGGUAUCCUCAAGCAAAAUAAGACUCUGCUGAUCGAGUACUGUCCUCGCAUGGAUGUGUAGUCCUCGUAGACUGCCAGAGCAGAUGGAGUAGUCGCACUGCGACGUCGAUGAAACCAAAAGUUAUGCUCGCUAUUGACCUUAAGAUCCGGCUGCAACUAGAGAUUCUCCCCGCCGUACAGCGAGGCUCGAGCGCGCUAUGAUUCUGGCUACCAAGCUCCUUAACCCUGCGCUAUGCAUAGCACGUCGAGUCGUCCAGCGCGCUUGAGAGGAUGACUGGAGAAGGGGCUGGUUCGCUUUAGGCCUCGGAGACAAUGGACCCUUGUAUAUAUCCACACUGUAGAUACCUCCUGUACGUAGCUCUCCUUCAUGGUAUUGUACACCUUGUGUUCUCAUCG